GAGAGAGCAAAAGUCAGCAGCGGUGUAGAAGUCUUUGAAUCGUUGGCUGCUGCUUGUCAACAGGUGGCAGAAGGAGAAGUUUGGGAAAAGAGAAAGAAAACAGAGGAGGAUAAAGUUGGAGACAAUCCUCAAGGCCAUGACCACUAGACUCCUGUGGAGGGCCAAGUGUCUGCUAGCCCUGCUAUGCGUCAUCUCAUCACACAGUUCUGCUGAAAACCAUCCAGACCCCUCGGUCCCAGAGCAGGGAGUCACCUUCAGCCAUGUCUAUAAAAUCGACAUCCCAGGGAGCUCCGGUUGUAAAUUAGAGAGUCAGUCUACGGAUGAUCAAACAGGUCUACAGACACAGACAACAACAAAUGGAGACAAUGACAUCAUCUUUAGACACAACAUCAGGUUGCAGACACCCAAGUGUGACUGUGACGAGUCAGAAAGCUUUAAGUCACUGCUGUACAGAGUCAACGGGCUGGAAGAGGAGGUCAACUACCUGAAGACCCAAUGUGCUCAGGGAUGCUGUGGAAAGGGUGGUUCUGCAGGUGUGGAUACAAGCUGCAGCGGCCACGGUACCUACCAACACGACUCCUGCAGCUGCCUCUGUGACCCCGGAUGGGAAGGCCCAGACUGCUCUGUGUCCACCUGCCCAGACGAUUGCAAUGACAAUGGCCGAUGUGUGGAUGGGAAGUGUGUGUGCCACCAAGGCUACACAGGAGACGACUGCAGCCAACUGAUGUGUCCAGAUAACUGCAAUGACAAGGGACAAUGUGUAGAUGGGAAAUGUGUGUGUUUUCCACAUUUCACCGGUGAGGAUUGCAGUGUCCAGAAGUGUCCCAAUGACUGCAUCGGGAAUGGCAAGUGUGUGGACGGUCAGUGUAUCUGUGAUGAAGGCUUCUUUGGGGAGGACUGCUCAUUAGUUCUUGGUCCUCAGGGUUUACGACUGGUCCGAGCGACUGACGUGUCUCUCCUGGUGGAGUGGGAGUCCGUUCGAGGGGCGGAGUAUUAUAUUCUGACGUAUCAUCCCAAAGGCGAUGAAGGCGCACUAGAGCGGGUUCAAAUUCCCAACACAGAGAACUCGUACCUCAUCACAGGCCUGACUCCUGGGGUCACCUACAUUGUCCAGGUGUAUGCCGUCAUUAAAGAAAUCCAGAGCGAAGCAGACAAGAUUGAGGCUACCACAGACGUAUCAGCCAUCAAUGAUAUCCGAGUUCUGGGCCAGACAGAGGUCUCCAUCCAGGUGGACUGGAAGAACCCCCAAGCUCAGAUUGACCACUUCAAACUCACACACACCAACCCUGCAGGACAGGAGGAGGAGCUGAGUGUACAGAUGAGUCAAGAGGCGCGAACCAAACACACUAUUGUGGGUCUGUUUCCAGGAACAGAAUACCAGAUCUCUGUUCAGGCCAUUAAAGGAGAGACUGAGGGAAAACCUUCUUCUGUCGUUGGAAUUACAGACAUGGAUGCUCCUACAAACCUAGUCACCACUGAAGUCACAGAGGACACUGCCACAGUGUCAUGGGAUAAAGUCCAGGCUGAAAUAGACGGAUACAUGCUGAGCUACAUCUCUGCGGAGGGCACCAGUCCUGAGAUUCCAGUUGGUCGUGAUAGAACUUCAUACACUCUGGUUGGUUUGAGGCCAGGAGUUCUCCACACUGUAUUUAUCUGGGCUUACAAAGGAGACAAAGGCAGCAGGAAGAGCUCAACAGAGGCUGAAACAGACCUGGAUGCUCCUUCCAAUGCCUUGGCCCAUGAUGAAACCGAGUCCAGCUUCACGGUGUCUUGGGAUCAUGCCUGGGCAGAUAUUGAUGGCUACAUGCUGACCUACAGCUCCUCUGAGGGCUCUAGUGAGGAAAUCCCCAUUGGGCCUGACAGCACCUCGUACAGGCUGACUGGUCUGAGACCUGGGGUCCUCUACACUGUCUACAUCUGGGCCGUCAAGGGGGACAAAGCCAGCAGGAAGACCUCCACACAGGCUGAGACAGAACUGGAUGCUCCUGCUAACCUCUUAGCUCAAGAUGUAGGAGAGUCCAGCUUCAGCGUGUCCUGGGAUCAGGUCCAGGCAGACAUUGACAACUACAUCUUAACAUAUAGCUCCUCUGAGGGUUCCAGUGCAGAAAUCCCAGUUGGGCCUGACAGCACCUCGUACAGGCUGACUGGUCUGAGACCUGGGGUCCUCUACACUGUCUACAUCUGGGCCGUUAAGGGGCGCAAAGCCAGCAGGAAGACCUCCACACAGGCUGAGACAGACAUUGAUGCUCCCAAGGACCUAAAGGCUACGGAUGUGACGCUGGAUUCGGCCUCUUUGACCUGGACUCCUCCACUGGCAGACAUUGAGGGCUACAUCCUCACCUACAGAGAUGAAGAUGGUGCUAUGGAGACUGUUGAAAACCAGCUCGGUGCCAGGGAAAACAGAUUUGCUGUUUCCAGUCUGGAAAUGGGGAAGAAAUAUAUUGUCACCAUCAUCGCCUAUAGAGGGACUAAACGAAGCAAAGUGGUAGAGACCAUCUUCAAAACAGUUGGGCUCUUGUACCCCUUCCCCAUGGACUGCAUUCAGAUCAUGAAGAAUGGCAUAACAAAGAGCGGCAUCUACACCAUCUACGUCAACAAUGACCGCUCCAAACCCAUGGAGGUUUUCUGUGACAUGGACACUGAUGGAGGCGGAUGGCUGGUGCUGCAGCGUCGUACCACCGGCAAACUGGACUUUAUGAAACGCUGGAGACAGUAUAUAGCUGGUUUUGGAAACAUGACAGAUGAGUUCUGGAUUGGUCUGGAGAAGAUAUACGACCUCACCAACACCCCCACCCAGUACGAGCUCAGGUUUGACUUGGGCUUUGGCUCGGAGAGAGCUUAUGCUGUGUAUGACAACUUUAAGAUUGCCCCCCGUAAGCAGAAGUUCAAGCUCACCAUUGGCAAAUACAGCGGGACAGCAGGUGAUGCUAUGACCUACCACCAAGGCCGGCCCUGGACCACCAUUGACUCUGAUAAUGACAUCGCCCUGGGUAACUGUGCUCUGACCCACCGCGGAGCCUGGUGGUACAAAAACUGUCACCUGGCCAACCUGAACGGCAAAUGGGACGACAACAGACACAGCAUGGGAGUUAACUGGGCCUGGAAAGGACACCUGACGUCCCUCGACUUCACCGAGAUGAAAAUUCGACCCCUUGGAGCUUUAUCCAGCAAAAAGAGGCGAUCGUUGAUGGGCAGGGAGAAGAGCAAAAGCACAGUCGUCAAAAAGAAGUAGAAGAUGUGGAAUCUUCUGGAGCCACAAACACUAUCAUCGGCCUUGUUAACCUGCCAUCACGCUAGGUUGUGUUUUUUCUUUCCAUGUUGGUGUGAAGGAAGGAGUUGGGCCUGACCUGUUACAGAGCUCUGACCACACGACCGCUGAUCGACAUGACCCCGGCACCUCAGUUCUAUGAAAAUAUGUAAACGAUUCAAGCCAAGAGAGAAAUGCUCAUGAUAUGAAAGUCGUUCCGAAAAUGUAAUUGUUGACAGAAAUGAUAAUGUAAUGGUAAUAAACUCCUGUUUCAGUGACUUCGGUAGAAACAGCAGAUUUGGAAGAAACUUUGAAAUGAAAAUUCUCCAAUUAUUGCUUUCAAUUUAACUUUUUUUGGUGUGUGUAAUAUCUAGGCAGCAGCCCAGACUAUUUGUAUUAUAUUUGUUUAUUUCAUGUCUUAUGAAGUAGCAGUUUGUCCUGUGUGUAAUAGUAUUGUCAUAUUAACAUAAAUGUCGGGGGAAAAGGAAUAAAAGGUGUGUUUGUUUUGCUCAUGAAUGCGGUGUAAAGAAGC